ACAAUAAAAUCCUUAUCAAACUCUGAAUCAAAGCUAUUGUGUGCAGCAAAACGCGGCAUACGUUUGCGUUUGUAUAUGCGUAUGACUAGCACUAUAAAUACAGCUACGAAAUGAUUUUGUAGUUGCUCACUGCUAAAAUUUUCGGCAUAAUUCAGUCAGCUAUAUUUUACCACAUUCACUCCGCAAGAUUUUUAGAUUCGCUGUUGCACGGAAAUACGUCUAUUAAUUGUGGCUGGAAAUGCAUUUCGCUGUGAUUGGAAUAUGUUGGGCUGUUAUGCUGUUUGAUGCCGGAUUAGCAGUGCCUCUGGCUCGCACUAACAAAGCUGUCGCAAUCGUCUCGCGGGCGGAAUGGGGAGCGCGUGCAGCAAAAAACCCAGUAACUCUAUCAAAACCGGUGACCUAUGCCUUUAUUCACCAUACCGCCGGCGCAGCGUCCAGUGAUCUUGCAUCUGGAAAACGUGUGGUGAAAAACAUUCAGAAUUACCAUAUGGAUUCCAAUAAGUGGGACGAUAUUGGCUACAGUUUUUUAAUUGGCGGUGAUGGAACAAUCUUCGAAGGUCGCGGGUGGAACCGCGUUGGUGCACACACCCAGGGUUACAAUUCUAACGGAUACGGUAUCGCCUUUCUGGGGACAUUCACGUCUCAAUUACCAACUGCAAGGGCCAUCAGUUCCGCCAAAGCCUUGAUUGCUGACGCCGUAUCAAGAGGCUUCUUGAAGCAAAACUACAUCCUUAAAGGUCAUCGCCAAAUGGGCAACACCGAAUGCCCGGGAAGCAAGCUGUAUCAAGAAAUUCAAAAGUGGGCAAACUGGAAGGCAUAGUUGUAUGAUACCAAAAUUAAAGAAUGCUUUUUACCACAUACCCUUACAAAUUUGCGAUCUUUAAAAGUCUAUUUGCAAAUCGCCUUUAAAGAUACCUACUAUCACAAAUUAAAGUUUGUCAUCUGUUG